AUGGCCGUCGUCCAGCACAUCCAAUACCAGCCUCCGCUGAACAACGAAGCACAACCGCCACGCACCCCUCUCUGGACCGACUUUCCCAUUCCACGAUCCGCGAACGGAGGUUCUUCACGCCACGAUGCGAGCGACGUGAGCCACGACCCAUCACCCACCAUGCCGCGCAAACAGAGCGGUUCCUCGGUCGCUUCGAGCAAGAGCAACUCCCGGUGGGCGGAAAAUGCACCGAGUAAUCCGGCCAAUGUCCAUCCAGCGCCGGCAUAUGUUGCCGGGUUCGGAGCAUCACAGGUGGUCAGCGAUGCGAAGCGACAUUUCAGCGAAGACGAGGAGGAUGAUGUGCCGGCAACGAGCACGUCCAAGAUUGGCCGAGGAGAGAUGGAAUUCUCGGCCGCCGCAUUGACCUUGAUCAAUGCGUUUCUGGAUAACCUGCUCUUUUCCAUACUUUCUCAUGCAAAGUCGACGACUCUGACAGCACUGCGGCCGGCGGUGGUGGAGGUGCUCAAGUCGCGGCUGGCGAGUGAGGCCAUUGCCAGCGCCGAAGAGGAACUGCAAGAACUGCUCGCGGGAGGCGAUGAGGAGGAGACGGAGAUGAAUAUGCGGCAAUCCAAGUCGGAGCAUAGUCGAACAUGGGACACGGAGCUGGUGUGGAAGCGAACCCGGCUGCGGGUCAUGGUGUACAUCCGAUUAGGCGAGAUGGAGGACGACGACGAGGAGCGUUAUGUGCGCGAAGAUGCCCUCUUCGCCGGCAGCGACCGCCGGUUUUCUCAGUCCACGGGUCUGGUAUCGUGGGCGGCGGCCAUUUUCCUGACCUCAGUGGUGGAAUACGUGGCCGAGCAGGUGUUGAAGGCGGCUGGCCACGCCGCAGCGUUGCGAGCCCGACGGCAAUCCCGACACAUGCGCACAUCCCUGCAUCCUGUAUCGCACCCCGGCAAUGUCACAUCGGCACCGGGCGGCGAGACGACGGUCGAGGAUUUCGACAUGGAAAAGGUCGCACUGAACUCGACGCUCGGACGACUCUGGCGCACGUGGCGCAAGGCCGCCCGCCUCAAUGCCUCGAGUGCGCCCACCAUCACUACCGAUACCUCCGCCGCCGCCGCUCCUCUUGGUAGUGCUGCUGCCGUGACCGCUCCCACCACCGCCGAGCUCACCCCUCCGAUCAGUCCCGCCCCGUCUCUCCCUCCACAAACCCCGGUCCCCAACUUCUCGCACCGCUCCAGUCGCGAGCUCCAUUCGAUGGAGGGCGCUUCGGCUCUCGUUGUCCCACGGGCAAGCUCCGGCGUGACAGGCGACUUUGUAUCAGCUGUGGAGGACUCCCGCAGAGCUUCGGCCAUCAGCGCGGCGACAAGGGAUACACAAGACAUGUCGGACGCUCAAACUGAAGAUGAAGAUGUCGAUGACGACGCCAGCGAGAUCCCCGAAGUCGAAGACGAACAUCCCGAACACGUUAUAGCCUCGAAUAUACCUCUACCAUUGCCGGAGAACGACAAGCGCGACAUUGACGAGAUUGAGAUACCAGGUCUUGCGAGAGACCCUGAUGCUGGACCGGAGAUCGAGCAAACGACACCGAGGCAAUUUCGUAAACGACGCGGUAGCUGGUCUGGUGGUUUCGCGCCUCUGGAACGCAAUGUUGUGGCAGUCACGGACGCCGACGUGGUAAACAACAAUGAAGAGACGAGUAGUUCGAGAGUGGCUGUUGCAGAGGACGACGCUCGCUCGGUGACCUACUCAGUGACCAACUCAGUGCUGGCGCAAGAGACAGAGAUGGCACAGAAUUCCAGGGUGGGUCAGGACAGACAUUUAUCCCGAGACUCCGAGGCGAGGGCACAGGCAGUCUCCAGGAUGAGCACACACACUGAAGCGGCGACGAUAGCGCGUACAGAAGAGCUGUCAGAUCCCGAGUCGAUUCAACACACAGAUUCUACACCAGAGCCGAAGCUGCCCGAAAAUACAAGAACAAGCCAGGACGAUACCAUUGCGCAGCCCACAAAUGCGGCUCGAGAAGCGGAAGAGUCCGAGGCGCUGGAUCAGGAUUUUCUAAAAACGCCCACCCAAGCACAGUUUCAGCCUCGAGCGCAGCCAGAGAAGGUCCAGAAGCCAGUCAAGCCAGUUCUGCAACGGAUGCGGUCAUCGUCAGUACCGACUUCCAGCAGGUCGGCCGCUAUGGAUGAACUGGUGCUUGCAAUGCCGGGAGCAUUCCUUCCGGACGAGGUCGAAGUUGUUGAAGACGCUCGGGAUCAGCAGAAGCUCAAUGCCGAUGAGAUGGCGGUUUACAAAAGAAGGUCGCUCGCUGCGAAGUCGACCUCUGACGAGGCAUCGCUGAGAUACUUGUAUCGGAAUGAGGUCGUGGGGGUACCCGCUCAGAAGCUUGAGAAAGAGGACACACAAGGCGAGUCUUUGGUCGAACCAGCUGAGCAGGAGAAGGCCCAGAAAGCAGAGACUCGGGAGGAGCUUUUGGAGGAAUCGGCGGAGCAGGUGAGGCCUGAGAAAGAGCAAACCCAAAUCGAUUCACCGGUAGAACCAGCCGAGAAGGAGAAGCUCGAGAAAGAGAGCGCCAACAAGGGUAUAAUUGGUGGUGCUGUUGCGGCCGCUUCAGCUGUUGCUGCUGGUGCUGUGGCUCUUGUCGCAGGAACAACCUCUGGCGAGAAGACAUCCGAUACCGACGGGUCGAAGACCGUCAAGGACAACGAGCAAGCUUGGGAAGCUUUAUUCGCCAAGGUCAAACGUCAGGAUGGCACGUCUAGACCGGUCUCUCCAAUGGCCAAGAAUGCGAACGAUGGCGAGGAUGGUUCCAAGGAUGGCCGUAUCAUGAUGUCCAGAAGGGUCUCGAUGAGUCCACCGCCGACUCCCAUCACCUUGGUGCGUAACCAGUCGCACACACCAUCAUCGACACACACACCGUCCGGCAGCAAAGAUAGCUUCGCGCUCGACGACGGUACCCCCAUGCAGAAACCAAUCGCUAAACCACGACACUUGUCGACCGACCUUCCUGAUGCAGAGCGGGAGGGCGUGGGUGGUAUUGGAGUCGCGAGGACGUCGGACAGUGCGGUCGCAACGCCGCGCGAUGAGACUGUCGUGGAGUUUCCGGUAAGGGGAGAUAGUUUGACGUCGCGCAGGAGUCGCAUUGUCCUUGCUUCGGAUGCCCCUUCGCUAAUCCGUCGGGAGAGCCACUUAAACGAGGCGCAAGUCAGUACGACGACGCCUGAGGACUUCUUGCACAAGCGUGCGCUUGCGACACGAUCCCAACUGGAUAUGCAACAGCCAACUCCCGCGGUGGAGUCCGUUGUCGGCGCCAAUGGCCCUCGAGUGCAGGUUCCGACUGAACAGCCGACGCCCUUCAAAGUCUCUCCGAUCUCGCCGAAUGCCGAUUCGUCGUCCCCGAUGAGAAAGUCUCCUUACGUCGAUGCCGCUGAUGGGGCCAUUCAAAAGAAGCCCAGCAUGCAGAAUCUGUCAUCGUUGAAGAAGAAGGAAAGUGGCCCAUAUCCCCUCACCAGCGCCAACAUCAAGGGACCAGAGGACUUUGAGAUGUUUGUGCAAGGUGGCGACACCGUCAAGUACACGCUGACUCCAGAGAACGUCAGGGAUGGCCCAUCCUCAGUCGCUGCAGUCCCAUACCCGAGAUUAGUCAAGACCAUCUCGGCGGCAGAGCAACCCGAAGAAACCCAAGAAGACUCUCGCACUGGACGCAGUCAAAAGAGCAAGCAUGCGACCGCAGCUAGUCAGGUCUCAGCGGGUGAUGCGUCCGAAUAUUCCCGCACAAGCAAAGACACGAAACGGCGAUCCAUCAGCCGACCUGUCGCCAGAAAUACAAGCGUACACAGAAAAAGUGGUUUGAUGGCUCGUGAACCGCAGGUCGUGACUGAGUCCACGAGAGACUUUGCCGAUUGGAUUCGUUCGACUGGACCUUCGAAAGAGCCAGAAAUCGUGCCCAUCCUUGCCAGCAACAUGUCGACGACGUCGCUCUUGAAUCGUGCAAGCACGGGCAAUUCUAGCACUCAGCGUUCGACAUCUCCGGGUGGGGCCUCAUUGAGAAGUCUCAAUCGAUCCGUCAAGCGAAUCUCAGGCGCACCUCCUAUGCCACCCAUGCCGGCAGAGAGGUCUCAAUCAAGACCGAAUCUGCAGCCGAGAUCUGCAGUCUCGACAUCAGAUGGAAGUGCUGAACUGAUUGACUUCAUCCGCAGUGGUCCCAAUGGCACGAACAUCACCGAGGAGAACCGCGCUCGCCACAUCUCCCGCAGUUUGGCGCCGUUUAGAACCACCUUGGAUUCCGAGCAGAUGAAUGACUGGGGCGACAGUUUGGUGCCAAACUCCGAUCGUAAGCUCGGCGAUAGCAGCUCCUCAUACACCAACGGCGGACAAAGCUCCUUCAACUCAAAAUCCGCCCUUAUUGGAGGCAGCAACGCCAACCAGAUCCAACAUCCCGCCCACAGUGGACAACCUCAAACCCUCAGCAGUGGCAGCCCACCCAUCAUCACCAAGAAGCGCGUCCGCAACAAGGACCCCUACGCCAUCGACUUUGACGACCUGAUGGACGACGACGAUGACGACGCUCUGCUCACCGCUCUCCCUACCAAACCCGCCAAACGCCGCAAAUCGCCGUGCCUCCAACUCGAUUGGCACUCCGCCAUCAUCUCCACCACUACGCAACCCUCUCCGCAAGCCCUCUAA